UCAAAUCUCCUUACUCGUUUUCCUACAAUUCUUUAACUUCCAUUACUUAAAUCUUCUUUUUCUCUUUGUAACAUUAAUCUCUGUUGCAUUUAGAAAAUUUUUUUGUUUCAAUUGAGCCAAAGAAUUAAGGCAGAAAAACAUGGAGAAUCCUCUGCAGUUGAAGUGCUUGAAUCACGUUUCACUUUUGUCCAGAUCAAUUGACAAAUCUCUUGAUUUCUAUCAGAAUGUUCUUCAGUUUUAUCCUAUCAAGAGACCUGGUUCCUUUGAUUUCUCUGGUGCAUGGUUGUUCAAUUAUGGCAUUGGCAUCCAUCUUCUCCAAUCUGAAAACCCCAAUAACAUGCCUAAGAUUGGCCGUAUUAAUCCCAAGGGCAAUCAUAUUUCUUUCCAGUGUGAGAGCAUGGCAACAGUGGAGAAGAAAUUGAAGGAGAUGAAGAUAGAAUACGUGAAGGGUGUUGUAGAGGAUGGUGGAAUCCGCGUUGAUCAACUCUUCUUUCACGACCCUGAUGGCACCAUGAUUGAAGUAUGCAACUGUGACAACCUCCCUGUGGUUCCACUGCCUCAAGAUGCCAUGCAGACAUGCUCGCUGAUCAACUGCAACAUUCGACAGAGGCAGCAACAGCAACAAUUACAGCAGAAUAGUGAACAAGCAGUAAAAAUCUAGUGAUUUUCUAGGAGUCAUGGAGGUGAGAAUCUACAUUAAUUUACACUUGUAUGUAGCUCAAACACACCGAAAUUCAUUCAGCAUAAACAUCUAAGUGUAACCAGUUAGUUAAUUGGAAUCAAGUAACUCUUCAAUUGUUGUCUGUACAAUAAAGUUACCAGCCAAAAAGAUUGUAAUAGAAACUAGCUACUACUAUUACUUUCGAAGUGCAGAAAGACACUGAAGAAACAGAAGACAAAUGCUUUUCAAUAUGAACACACUUCAAAAGUCCCUACUACAUGAAUUAGCUGGACUGGACACCAAUGAUAAAAAUGUUUUGAUCUUGACAUAUAAUUCAAUUCUGACAGCUUGAUAAAACGUCAUUUUCUGAUAAUGAAGCUCAGGGGGAGGUAUGCCUUUUCUUAUUAAAGCUUCAUUUAAAGUAGCAAAAGAAGAACUGAAAGUUACACCAGAAAACUGAAAACAUCAUAUCCAAAGUUUUAUCUGAUAACACCUUAUUGUUCAUGUACCAUUGAAAUGUUUGUUCAUAACAAAUUAAAAGAACUGGGUUUUUUUCUUUUCUUGCCAAUGACCAAUAAUCAACCACAAUCUCAAUAAAUGUUUUUUUUUUUUUUUUUAUAAUGAAGUUCGUAGCCUGGAACAGGGUAAAAGGUUGCAAUUAUAGGAAUUUGAAUCUUAUAAAUUAUGGAUGUCAAUACCACCCCUUAAGAAUGACUGUAUGGAUCAACGGAAUUAGAUCCGGCUUCAUUCUAUUGUGUGAUGCUUUUAGCCCACAACAUUCCUGCAAACAAGGGGGCCAUUAAAAGCUUUGGAAAUUCAAGCCCCACAUGAAAUAAACUUAAAAGAUUAUUAUUCUAAAGAUAAGCAACCAGAAUCCAAAAACUUCCAUCAAUUUUCCUCCAACAGAUAUGGCAUUCCCACUCCCCACAUAUUCAUGUCAUGCAAAUUUAUUAUAGUAAUUUGGAAACAUAUAAAUGUGAUUGCAUGAUUUUUAAGGUCCAUGGCUUCACUUCUGGCCAAAAUUUUGGGUUUAUGAGGAUCACAUUGAACGGCCAUAUUCUCAAAAUCUUUGACAAUGAGAAACAUUAUCCCAUAUUUCUUUAUUGUAAUUGGAGAGGAUUGAAAUUAUCUUGGUUUGA